CACAAACCCUAGUUCUUCUGUUACCUCCUGCAGUCGAAGACAGGAAGAAGAUGGUGUCGUUGAAGCUACAGAAGAGGCUCUCUGCCAGCGUCCUCAAAUGCGGCAAAGGAAAAGUCUGGCUUGACCCUAAUGAAGUCAACGAGAUCUCCAUGGCCAAUUCUCGCCAAAACAUAAGGAAGUUGGUGAAGGAUGGAUUCAUCAUCAGGAAGCCAACCAAGAUCCACUCGAGAUCGCGUGCUCGUCGCAUGAAGGAAGCGAAGAGAAAGGGGCGUCACUCCGGAUAUGGUAAACGUAAGGGUACACGGGAGGCGAGGUUGCCGACAAAGAUUCUGUGGAUGAGAAGGAUGAGGGUGCUUAGGCGAUUACUCCGCAAGUAUCGUGAGGCGAAGAAAAUUGACAAACAUAUGUACCAUGACAUGUACAUGAAGGUGAAGGGUAAUGUUUUCAAGAAUAAACGUGUGUUGAUGGAAAGCAUUCACAAAUCAAAGGCUGAGAAGGCUAGAGAGAAGACGUUGUCUGACCAGUUCGAGGCUAAACGUGCCAAGAACAAGGCUAGCCGGGAAAGGAAAUUGGCUCGCAGGGAGGAACGUUUUGCACAGGGCCCACAGGAGAAAGUUCCAGCUCCAGCAGCCGCUGUUCCUGCAGCACAACCUGCACAGGCAACAAAGAAAUCCAAGAAAUGAGAUCUGAAUUUUUUGUCGAUGUUAGGUAUGAAGAAAUUGGGUGCUUUAAUCAAUUUUCAAGUUUUGUUCUUUGAUCUUUUGCACUUCUGGAAACAGUUUUAUUUGUGAGGUGAUUAAAAAUCAUGAAUUUUUAUUCAAAGGUUGCUUUGUUACUUGCACGCCUUGCAUUAUUAUCAGACUUUUUUUAAUCGUUA